AUGCCAGCUGUUGAAGAUCUAUGUAGUGAACCAAACUUCACUGCACGCUGGAUGUCUGAUACUUCCCGUGCUGGAGUCUUAUUAGAUCCUAAUUUUCCUGGGCUGAAAAUCAACAAAAAAGAUAUUUUAUCUGGACAUGAAAAUAUCACAGCUGAUGUUGAUGAAGUGCUGCAUUUUUCAAGCAGUUACUCUAUAAGUGAGGACUCCUUGUGUGAAGAGCAAAUACUGGAAUCCAGUAGCUCUUGUAGAGCUCAGCAACAUAGCAAUGAAACAACUUUUCCAACAGCAGCAGCAUUUACUUCAGAAGCCUCUAAAAGAGCGCUUGUCCAUGGUGAAGAGGAUGGUCAGAAUAUGUUGCACUACAAUCAUCCACUCUUACAAAAGCUUGAGCAGCUAAAGGAAUUGCAACAAAAGAAACAAGAACAGCUGAAGAAACAACAGAUGGAACAACUUCAAAGGCUUAUGGAAGAGAAGCAGAAACUACUUAGCAUGGUAUCUGCUCAGACAGCAGUUUGUGGAAAAAGCUUGCGGUGUCCAGAACAAAAGAUGGAAGAAUCAGUGGAGAGCAAAGAGUGCCACAUGGAUCAUGUAUGUGUUGAAAAUGCAGAUUUCUCAGAAAAUUCCAGUGGAGAAAACCACUUACGGGUGACUAAUACAGAAGAAAGGCCUAUUAAAGCUGGGAUUCAGGAGAAGAAACGGACAUUUGAAGAAUUCCUGGAAGAACAGAUACAGCUAGAAGAGCAGCGUCUGAAGCAAAACCAUGAGUUACAGGAAAGAAGUAGAUCAACCAUUCAAAAACCAGUGAUCAAAAGACCCUUCCUGAAAAGAGGAGAAGGCUUAACAAGGUUUACUAGUGCCAAAUUGAAAGUAAAAAAACUUAGAGAAAACAACCCAAAGCCUCAACAAAGUGUUGCAGAGGACAGAUCACAAAUACAGAAGAAAACUCUGCCUCUUAGCAAAGAACCAGUCUCUCAGAGCUCUUUUGCACCAUGUAAAAAAUAUAACCAGUCUGGUAAAGUAAAGCAGGGUCUGAUACAGAAAACCCUGGUACCGAGGAAUCGUAGUGGAAAAAAUUCCUUCCCAUUAGAAACCAGGGUGCAAACAGGAAAGAAUCUUGAUGGACAGACAAGAGAUUCUUUCUUAUCAGAAGUUAACAACAAAAUAGAAAAUAAAGAGAACAUCAUGGAAUUUGGUAAAUCCAUUAAUAUGGGCAACAGAAUCAGAAACAAAUUCCCUGAGAUGGAAAAGCCUCAGUUGUGCUGUGAGCUGACCAGUGCCUCUUCUAAUCCUAAGGGUUCUGUAAGUCACUCUCUCAGAGGUCCAGAACAGUCUUUUGAAGUUUCAUUUCAGAAUAAGCUGGAAAACUGGGAAAAAGAAAAGGAAAAAGAAAAUCUGGAAUUAGAUGAAUUCUUGUUCCUAGAACAAGCUGCGGAUGAAAUAUCCUUCUCAAGUAAUUCCUCAUUUGUGCAAAGGAUCUUGGAUCAAGAUCAGCAGACUUUAAAAGGACGGAGAAUGUCGUCUACCCCUAUCAAGGCAAAACAACAGCAAGGAAACGCACUGUCUGUUACACUUAAAAACAAGAAAAAUAAAAAGGCGAACUCUGACACACAGGGAAAUAAAAAUGACAGAGCAGUUCUACAUACAGCAUCAACUUCAGGGACAGCUUUGAGACUGAAGGAUCAGUUCAAUAAAACAGAUAGUGUAAUGUUUUCAGCUUCUUCCAUGACAGUAGCUCCUGCUCUAAAAAAUACUCCGUGGAUUGUAACUGAGGAUAAGGAUGAAGGAACUAGUGAUAUUACUACAGAUUCUGAGACAGAAUCUGAGACCACUUUAAAAUGUGAAAGUGAAGAUGCUAAUACAUCUUUUCUGAGCCAUAGAGAAAGUGAUCCAGAACUUUUUGGUUAUGGAAGUACUGUUACAAACAUUAACAGAGAAAGAAAAAGUGGAGAUGCUGACCUUGACUUGCCAGACAAAGAUUGCAGUGCCCUGUCAAAGCAAAGCAGAGCUUCAGACUGUCAGAGAAGCACAUCUCGUUUAAAUAGGAGUAGGUUUGAGUUUGAUGAUGAAAGAACAUGGAGUGAUCUUGAUGAAAACUUGGUUCAGAAUGAUUUACCUGAAAAAUGUGCACUUAAAAUGCCCAUACAGGCCGAAUUUUCCUGUAAAAAUGAUACCUUUGUCCCAGAUAAAACAAUAAAGAGAAAAGUUGCCUCAAAGAGAGGAGAUGAACUGUCUGAAGAGCCUGCAGCAGACGAUGAUUCAAAUGGACCCCCCGCAUCAAACCUGAUGAUGAAACUGUUUCCUUCACUGAAACCAAAACAGAAACCAGGCUGUCCCUCAGAGCAUGAAGUCAAACCAAAUGGGGAACAGGAGCCAGGAGGUGAGAAAACAGUAACUGGAAUCACUGUUCCAUCCCAGUUACUAAAAGAGAAACUCACCGAGUUGGAAACUGAGAUUGAGCGAUUCAGAGCUGAGAACACAACUCUAACCAAACUCCGUGAAGAAAGAGAGCAUGCCUUGGCAAGUCUCAGGAAAGAAAUUGCAGACUUUCAAGAGCAGAAAAUCCAAGAGCUGGCUGAAAUAGAAGAAUAUAAGAAGAAAGAAAUGAAAAAACUGCAAAAAGAGCGUAAAGUUUUUGAAAAAUAUACUACAGAAGUUAGAGCAAUUCCAGAUAAAAAAGAACGUGAUGAAAUUCAGGCUUUGAAACAGCAGAUUGCAGAGUUACAAGAAGAAAUAAAACAAAAAGAGACAAAAUGGUUAACAACUCAGAGACGUCUUAGAGACCAAAUAGAAGUUUUAGUAAAUGAGAAUUUGGAGCUAAAAGAAGAAGUCAAAAUUAUGGAGAGGUUUCGUGUAGAAGCCUGGAAGAAAGCUGAAGCUGCUGAAAACAAGAGGAAAAUCGAAAAUUUGGGGGAAAAAAGAGCAGAAUCUGUGUGUCUGCCCAACAGAGGCCAGAAAAGUCACGCUCCAUCUCCUCUCUUUCCAGCACAAAACUGCAGCAAGAUAAGUGGCAAAGGUUAUUCACGGGCAAAAGGAAGGCUUUCUAGAAUACCUAAGUCAGCACCUGCUAAUGAUAGAAACCACAUGGAUGAAACAGUGAUGGCACCAGAUCCACUAGAGGAGGUUUCUAGGACUUCCAUUGAAGACACCUCUCCUAAUGAAACUCUUGUUUCAGUACCAUCUGUACCUGCAUAUACAGGCACUGAAGAGAUAGAGAGAGAAAUUGCUUAUCCUGAUGGAAAGGUUGAAAAGGUUUUAAAAAAUGGCUGUCACCUCAUAUUUUUUCCCAAUGGGACAUGGAAAAAAGUGAGUUCUGAUGCAAAAACUGUAACUAUAACCUUCUUUAAUGGAGAUGUGAAGCAGGUCAUGCCUGAUAAAACAGUGAUCUAUUAUUAUGCUGGUGCUAAGACGACACAUACUACAUACUCCGAUGGCUUAGAGGUCCUGCAGUUUCCAACGGGGCAAAUAGAAAAACAUUAUCCUGAUGGCAGGAAAGAGAUUACUUUCCCUGAUCAAACCAUCAAAAACUUGUUUCUGGACGGACAACAGGAAAGCAUCUUGCCAGAUGGUACGAUAGUUCGUGUUCAGCGAGAUGGAAGCAAAACCAUAGAGUUUAAUAAUGGCCAGAGAGAGCUACACACAGCCCAGUUCAAGAGACGGGAGUAUCCAGAUGGAACUGUGAAGACUGUGUAUAUGAAUGGACACCAGGAAACAAAGUACAUCUCAGGAAGAAUAAGGGUAAAGGACAAGGAUGGCAAUAUUAUCAUGGACACCAAGGUGUAAUUGAUAGAGAAA